AUGACACGUAAGGAAGACGAGAGAACUGAAUCUCCAGCGGCUCCUCCGGACGUCAGCCAAACGUCAAAUCUCGAGUAUCGACAGGCUAUGAUUGAGGCACGAACGGCUCAUCUGGAAAGGCUAGUUGCUCGAAUGAACCGGUUUAUCGAAGUUGACGGAGGUUUCUAUCGACAAACCCCAACUAUGACAGCUCACAUUCGGACACCUUUCCCUUCUGGCCAAUCUUCAUCUCUCCAGCGGUCCGAGGUGCCUCGUCUCAAUGAGACGCCACGCGAGGCUUCUUCGGCAUUUUCUGUCCCCUUCGAUUGGGGUCUACCAUCGCCUUCAAACCGGCCCAAUCUUGAAGCAGUUCCCAAUGAAGAAGAGAGAGAGGACCAUGCCGUCCCCGCCGUGGUGAGAAAUUCAAUGAGAUCUCUCCGUGAGACUGUAGCAGCUCUCGAAGGCCAAACGGAGCGUGGAGCGAAUUCGCUCGCCUUCUCUCAGCGCAAGAAUGAAUGCUCAUGCUGCUUCGAGAAAAUUUCGGCUCCGUGUUACAUCAGCCUCUGUGAACACACGUUCUGUACCGAUUGUCUGCGCCAACUGUUCUUGCGAGCGGCGCGCAAUGAAAGCCAAUUCCCUCCUCGCUGCUGCGGUACUGAAUUUCGCCAGGAGACCGUCCGCAAAGUGCUCACUGGAAGCGAGUUUCAAGAGUACGAUAUUCGUACGGAGGAGUUCAACGCAAGCCCUCGCAUUUACUGUGCCGAUCCCAAAUGCUCCCAGUUUAUUCGUUCAGCUUCUAUCAUGAAUGAUCUGGGGACCUGCUCGAGCUGCCAGAAGCAGACCCACGUCCCUUGUAGAGCGUUGGCUCACCCUGGCCGUGACUGUCCCGUCGACAAUGCCCAGCAGAGUGUGAUUGAUCUCGCCGAACAGAACGAGUGGCGACGCUGCUACCACUGCCAGACCGUCGUCGAGCUUCGAUAUGGAUGUAACGAGGUUCUCUGCCGAUGUGGCCACACCUUCUGCUACAAAUGCGGCCGCAAAUGGAAAACCUGCGACUGCCAAAACUGGUACCGAUCCAAUGUCCAAGCCCCAACCUGGCCCUUUGGACAAUUCUUCCCAACCGAUAUCGAUGCGCCCCCUCGUCCACCCUUCGUCACUCCCUCAUCCUCGUCAGCUCUGCCCUGGAAUCAACCAUUUAGUGUCCCAGGUGCACUGGCCAUUCACCGCCCACGGUGUGAGAACCAUCGCCAUGCUAAAUGGACCGUCAGAAACAUUGGCCUCUUCCGAUGCGCAAUUUGCUCGAAUGUGCCGCGCCAGACCUUUGACUGCCAAGUCUGCCACAUGAUGGUGUGCAAUACUUGCAAGGCGGUUCUGGAGAUUGAAGGGUUAUCGAUUGAUGAGCAAGAAGAAGAGGAGGAGGAGCUGUAG